AUGGCUUUCGGUGGUGCCGUCCUCCGUUUCGGCCAGACUGGCCUGCGACUCCUCGAGUUCGCUUCUUCAGCCAUUAUCCUCGGAAUCUACAGCUACUUCCUCGCCGUAUUGGCCGACAAGAACAUACACAUUCCAACAUGGGAGAAGGCAGUUGAGGGCAUGUCUGGUGCCGCCGUCUUGUACACCAUCUUCGGCGUUCUGUUCACCCUCUUCCUCGGUGGGAUUACAUUCUUCGCACUCAUCGCCAUCAUUCUCGACCUCUGCUUCGUCGGCUGUUUUGCUGCCAUCGCAUACUACACUCGCCAUGGCGCAAACAAAUGCCGGGGCAUCGUCAACACCCCUCUCGGGUUUGGUCCGGAUGGCGAAGCUGCUCCUGGCGCCGGCGACUGGGGUUACGUCUGCAGCCUGAACACCGCCUGUUUCGCCAUGGCGAUCCUGAACAUCUUCCUCUUCCUCGUUACCGCGAUCGUUCAGGUUCUUCUCGCCCGCCAUCAUAAGAAGGAGAAGCGUUUCGGCCCUAGCCCAAAGAACAACUACACCAAGGGCACUGGUCGCGCCCCAUUCUGGAAGCGCAACAAGAAAGUUCGCACUACUCGAGACGCAGAGAUGGCAACCGGCGCAGGGGCCGGCGCGGGUUAUCGUCCAAGUCAUGAGACCGGUAUGACCGGAUCUACCAUGCACGGCGGACAUGCUCCUUAUUCUGCCGAGCCGAAGUACGGUCAGCCUGGCUACGGACAGAAUGUUCCUUUCAACCAUCAAGCCACCAACUACUAG